AUGGCUCGUACUAAGCAGACCGCUCGCAAGUCCACCGGCGGGAAAGCGCCUCGCAAGCAGCUGGCCACCAAGGCGGCGCGGAAGAGCGCUCCAGCCACCGGCGGCGUGAAGAAGCCUCACCGCUACCGCCCCGGCACCGUCGCCCUGAGGGAGAUCCGCCGCUACCAGAAGUCGACGGAGCUGCUGAUCCGCAAACUGCCCUUCCAGCGGCUGGUGCGCGAGAUCGCGCAGGACUUCAAGACCGACCUGCGCUUCCAGAGCUCGGCCGUCAUGGCUCUGCAAGAGGCGAGCGAGGCUUACCUGGUGGGGCUCUUCGAGGACACCAACCUGUGCGCCAUCCAUGCCAAGCGCGUCACCAUCAUGCCCAAGGACAUCCAGCUGGCCCGCCGCAUCCGUGGAGAGCGGGCGUAAAGAAAGCAGUUUUUUUUUUUAAAAAAAAAGGCUCUUU